UUUUUUUGUGUGUAAACUAAUCAACCUGAACUAAGUGUACAUUUUAUCAAUAAAAAAAUGGUGAAUUCCUAGAUUUAUUUAAUGUUAAAUGUAGAAGACUGUUAAAAUAUUUGGUUUAUAUUAUAGGGAAGUAAAGAGCUUUAGGAAGUGCUAAAAUUGGUUUUGUUGUGCAUUUUAUCGUCCAUGAAUUAUCAAAGUGUCGCAUAUGUUUUGUGUAUAUUUGAACGUGAGGGACUUUAUCACCGUAAUGAAAAUUGUAUCAAUCCAUUGGACUCAAUAAUUCUUAGUUGAAAAGACAAGACAAUCCAAAGCUUUUGCCAUGUAAAUCUGUAAAGUUGGUGUAAACAAAAAUAAUGCAAAAAUCAAUAUUUUCAUGCUGUUGAAAUAUGGGUAGUGUAGCAAUGUAAAAAAAAACGGGUUUAGCUUUACCGUUCGGGAAAUUGCGCUUAAAGACUAACAAAUUUUAGGACAAAAGUAAAAGAAGGAAAAGAACGAAAGUAACAUUUGAAACGAACACAAUGUCUGCGAAAACACCUACAGAUACAUCUGGUCUCGGAUAUUCGUAUCACCUUCCAACAGGUGGAUUGCUUAUGCGUAUACGAAAUUCUCUAUCCCAAUUCAGCGAUUUGUUCAGUGAAUUUAAUAAAUAUAUUGCUCCGGCCGUCCAUCAUGACCGAUGCGAACGGUCCGUACACAUGCGACUGUAUUCGAUGCACAAACGGGAAUUUGUGAUGGUAUUUCUGGGAUUUUUUGCAUGUUUCGGCCUGGGCAUAUUUAUCGGUUUGGCUGGACCACCAAUUACGUCCACAACUGAAGUGAAUGCAUCGGCUCUGUUGUCAAAUACGUCGGCCGCGAAUGAUAAGCAUAUUAUGUCGACGGGCCCGUUCAUUAUGCGCAGUCCGUUGAUGACGACGUACUCACAACAGUUGUGGCUAAUUGCGAAACUGGAUACGCACAACAGUGAUAAUGAACGGUACGAUAAGACAUUUCAGGUAAACGUUGCGAUCGAUGGACUGACUGAAGAUCAUAAACCGGUUACGGUUUUACAUCGAAACAAUGUGAAGAAUCGAACACGGCAUCUAAUAUGCGAAAGGAAUAAUUGCGAUGAGUUUACAGUGCUGCAUCUCGGUUUCCUGGACUAUGCCCAUUACAUCAUUACGGUGAGAUUUUUCGAUCUCGAAGAAUUUCAUCAACGAUACAAAAUCAAGGAGCUGACAUUUUUCUUCAAAACGUACAAUCCAGGAUUCACGCAGAUCGAAAUUUGGUUCCGAUUUAUAUUUUUGAUAUUCACAUUCGUCGUGACGUGUUGGUACGCUCACACACUCAGAAAGUAUCCCAUUUACGAUUGGUCCAUUGAACAGAAGUGGAUGUCUGUUCUUCUGCCACUGCUUGUGUUUUACGAUAAUCCAUUUUUCCCGUUAAUAUUCCUGAUGAACUCAUGGUUUCCGGGAAUGCUGGACGCAUUACUUCAGGCCACGUUUUUAUGUGCCCUACUCAUGUUCUGGUUGUGCAUUUAUCAUGGGCUUCGACAAAAUGAUCGAAAAUGUUACAUCUUUUAUCUACCAAAGUUCAUCGUCAUAUUGCCGAUUUGGUUGCUCGCCGUUGUUUUAGCUACAUGGGAAAAAUGCAAUGAACUGAAAGAUCCAACAUACAGCCAUUUUGUCGACACGGACAAUUAUAAUAGUUUUAAAACGUUCUUUUACAUAGCUGGAGCAAUGUACUUGUUAUAUUUAUCAUUGUUAAUUUUGAAAGCGUACAGCGAACUUAGAGCGAUGCCGUACUUUGACAUGCGACUGAAAUUCUUAACGCUACUGAUGAUGUUCGUUAUGGCAAUGUCGUUGACCGUUACAUAUUACCGUUUCGGCUUCGGAAUAUUAGAAGAUAAUUUUGUAGCAAAACUAACAACCACCUACAACAGUUCGGCACAAUUCAUGUGCUUCUAUGGCCUUCUAAACUUCUAUCUCUACACAAUGGCAUACGUUUAUUCGCCGAGUGGACGUCCCGUACAUGAACCGACGAUUACAAAAGAUAAUCCAGCGUUCUCAAUGAUAAACGAUUCGGAUGAGGAUGUGAUCUAUGGAUCAGACGAUGAGAGUCGUCGACCACUGAAUUCGUCAGCCAAUAAGGGCAACGAUUACGACAGUGAUUAGAAGUAAAAUAUUUUGUUAGUUGGCGGGAGGGAACGGUGAGCCUAGACCUAAAAUUUGUACGUUUUUUUUUCGCAACUGUUUCGGCGCCUAACCAUUGAAAAUUAACAGAAUUUCCAAUUUAUGUAAAUUUUAAACUUAAAUAAUUCGUGUCUGGCCAUAAAAGAUCGUUCACAAAUCACCUUCCCAUUUAGAGGUAGGCGAUUCGACGAUGUAGUUGUGAAGCCAGGCUUAGGCAAGAGUAUAAUGCGAAUCUUUGUUCCUAAAAUGAGUAGGCUGUGUAACACAUGGACAUGGACAGGAACAUUGCUUCCACCAUUCCAAUUUGGAGGAAAUUUCGACAAAAUUAGAGGAAACGUUGAGAUUUGCUUCGAAGGCUUGGAUGUUGAAACAUUGUUGUGUAUCAUGUAUAACAAGCUCGAUAGUAGAUUAGGCAAGUGGUUUGUAGAUUUUUACUUCGAAGUGGGCAAUUUUGGAAGAAAUGGAACAACCCUGCCCAAAAAUGAGAUGAGAUUUGUGAACGAUUUUGAACUAUUCAUUUUAUCGUUCGAAUGUUGUGAGAAGAGGAAUAUUUUAUGAAAAAAAAAAAAAUUUGAUUCAAUUACUUAUUGAACUGGCACAGCUUAAUAAUGUGCGCUUUUUAGGUAGGAGAACAAAAGGUUAAAAGUAUAAACCAAAAGUAAAUUGUACAUAAAGACAA